AGUGGGAGCUGACGCCAUGACCCUCACCCUCCCAGUCCUGAUGUGCCUCGGGUUGAGUCUGGGCCCCAGGACCCACGUGCAGGCAGGUGAGUCUGCACCCCCCCCCAAACCCACCCUCUGGGCUGAGCCAGGCUCUGUGAUCAUAAGGGGGAGCCCCGUGACCCUCUGGUGUCAGGGGCCCCUGGAGACUCAGCAGUACCGUCUGGAUCAGGAGGGACUCCAGUGGACCUGGGGGAGACAGAACCCACUGGAGCCUGGAGCCAAGGCCAAGUUCCACAUUCGCUCCGUGGCGUACAGCACUGCAGGGCAAUACCGCUGCUACUUUGAGACCCCUGCAGGCUGGUCAGAGCCCAGUGACCCCCUGGAGCUGGUGGUGACAGGAUUCUAUGCAGAACCCACUCUCUUAGCCCUGCCCAGCCCUGUGGUGGCCUCAGGAGGGAAUGUGACCCUCCAGUGUGAUAUACGGAACGGAUUUCUCACGUUUGUUCUUGUUGAGGAAGAACAGAAGCUCCCCAGGACUCUGUACUCACAGAACCUCCCCAAAGGGCCAUCCCAAGCCCUGUUCCCUGUGGGUCCCGUGACCCCCAGCUCCAGGUGGAGGUUCAGAUGCUAUUACUACUACAAGAAAAACCCUUAGGCGUGGUCGAACCCCAGCGACCCCCUGGAGAUUCUGGUCCCAGGCGUGUCUAGGAAGCCCUCCCUCCUGGCCCCGCAGGGCCCUGUGGUGGCCCGUGGAGGCAGCUUGACCCUGCAGUGUCGCUCUGAUGUCGGCUACGAGAGAUUCGCUCUGUACCAGGAGGGGGGACAUGUCCUCCUCCAGCGCCCUGGCCAGCAACCCCAGGCUGGGCUCUCCCAGGCCAACUUCGCCCUGAGCCCUGUGAGCCGCUCCCACGGGGGCCAGUACAGAUGCUCUGGUGCACACAAUGUCUCCUCCGAGUGGUCGGCCCCCAGUGUCCCCCUGGACAUCCUGAUCGCAGGACUGAUCCGUGACACACCCUCCGUCUCAGUGCGGCCGGGCCCCACGGUGGCCUCAGGAGAGAAUGUGACCCUGUUGUGUCAAUCAUGGCACAACAUAGACACUUUACUUUUGACCAAGGAGGGUGCGGCCCAUCCCCCGCUGCGUCUAAAGUCAAAGUACCAGUCUUAUACAUACCAGGCUGAAUUCCCCAUGGGUCCUGUGACCUCAGCCCAGGGUGGAACCUAUCGAUGCUACAGCGCACUCAGGUCCUACCCCUACCUGCUGUCAAGCCCUAGUUACCCCCUGGAGCUCGUGGUCUCAGGACCCUCUGGGGACCCCAGCCCCCCACCCACAGGCUCCACCCCCACACCUGCAGGCCCUGAGGACCAGCCCCUCACCCCCACGGGGUCGGACCCCCAGAGUGGUCUGGGAAGGCACCUGGGGGUUGUGACCGGGGUCUCAGUGGCCUUCAUCCUGCUGCUCUUCCUCCUCCUCUUCCUCCUCCUCCGACAUCGGCAUCAGAGCAAACACAGGACAUCGGCCCAUUUCUACCGUCCUGCAGGGGCUACGGAGCCAGCGCCCAAGGACCAGGUCCUGCUGAGGAGGGCCAGCCCAGUUGCUGACGCCCAGGAGGAAAUUCUCAAUGCUGCCGUGAAGGACACACAGCCUGAGGACGGGGUGGAGCUGGACAGUCGGCAGAGACCACACGAUGAAGACCCCCAGACAGUGACAUACGCCCAGGUGAAACGCUCCAGACCUAGGAGAGAAAUGACCUCCCCUCCCUCCCCACUGUCCGAGGAAUUCCUGGACACAAAGGACACACAGGUGGAAGAGGACAGGCAGAUGGACACCGAGGGAGCUUUCCCCUCUCCAGGCCCCCAGGCUCCCCGCCCCACCACCACGCCUGCCUUCAUCCUCCACUCUCCCCCACUGCAGGGCGGCUUGCAUUCUGAAGACCCCCCAGGAUUGUUGAACGCUACGCCCACUUUUGCAAGAAGCUUGACGCUCCAGCACGCGCCCGAGCGCCACAGCUCCUCCCGCCCAGGAAGGGGAACCGUCCCGGUCCUUUUUGAAACGGCCCAGAGGUCUUGA